AUGAACGAGAUCGUAUCACAAGCUCCAUCAAAACGAACUCGACCCAGCUCACCAGAAAAGAUUCGCGCAGCGCUUCAUCAUAAUUUCGAACUAUCUCAAGUGCCACAGGACGUGGCAAAUGACAUUAUCGAUCACGUUCUGGAAAAUGACUUUGAAUUAGACGAAGAAGGACUAAUGCGGCAAAGAUGGAACCCGCUCAUGGCGAAAAUUGGCUACAAUUACGAACCAAACGUCUUUGAAGAGCUAGCGAAACGAGUUCGUUUUCCAAUUCUUCACGUUACCAGCAAAAUUUUCAAUAGUCCUCAAUCAAUAUUUUCUUACUCUCAUCCGCCGUUUCCGGUUGAUAUGGAUGCAUGCUUAUCCUCUGUGGAUGUGAUGGAAGAUGCAGCUGUUAAUAACGACGUGAACUUCGAGAAAGAGUAUCUUGAUGGAUCGCAUAAUUUGCACCUGACGCACGCGGCUGAACUGGCCGCUCUCCUCCGCCGCCAGCUUCAGCUUGAUUCAACGAAGUAG